GAGGGCGGGGAGGAGGAAGAGGAGGAGACCGGGCGCCUUCGGAGCAGAGGCGAUUGAGUCCCGCUUAGGCUGUGCUCGUUUCCCCCUGGGCGGCUCUCUUGGGGCCGCGAUGCGCUCCGCCUGAGCUCUCCCUCUGCGGCGCACCCGCUUCGGGCCUCCGCAGGGCGAGGAGCCGCGAUGGCCGCGGGCGGCUGGCAGGAGGUGGCGGCCCAGCAGGCCGAGGAGACGGCGGCCCGGGUGCGGGACGUGCUGUCGGGCGGCCUGGGCCUGCUGCGCGCCGAGCUGGGCCUGGAGCUGGGCCUCGACCCCCAGGGCCUGCCCACCUGGCUCGCCCUGGCGCUCCCGGCCGCGCUAGGGCUGGCGCUGCUGGGGCUGCUCCUGGCCGUAACGUGCGGAGGAGGGCUCCGCAAGAAGGCGGCGCGGAGCGCGGCCGAGAGGAAGGGCGAAGAGGCGGCGGCCCUGACGGCCGGCGGGGGCCCGGGCAGGGCGGCGGGGCCGGGAGCAGGGCUGCUGAAAGGCGACGAGCAGAAGAAGAGGAACAAGAAGAAGCUCCCGGAGAAAGCGGCGAGGCCUAAUGGACGGUCUUUCCUUGAUGUAUCUGAGGAUGAAGUAGUACAGCCUGUCCGUAAAGAAAAUAUAAAGCAGCCGUUGGAUGCAGAAAAGAAGAAUGAAAAGUCAAAGAAGAAAAAGAAAUCAAAGGGAGAUGCGAAAACAGUUCCAGAUGCAUCACGUCUAGAUGGAAAGGAAGCUGAUGAAGGAGCCUGGGAAACAAAAAUCAGUAACAGAGAAAAGCGUCAGCAGCGUAAGCGAGACAAGGUGAUGACUGAUGGUGGUUCGGGAGAAUCAAAUCUCCAGGGGACAGACAGCACAGCGACUGUAUCCAUUGAACAACUGAUGCCAUCGCCAUCACUGCCAGUUGGUCUCAGAAAAAAUAAAGGUGAUGCUCUUCUGAAUGCGCAAGCUAGCAGCUCUAAACCUUCAAAGGGGGAGUCAUCGGUUCCACAAGUUUCCUCAGGAUUAAAUGAAAGCCAUACAGUAAAUGGUGGAAGCUGGAAUGAGAAGCCUGUAAAAAUCUCCUCACAGAUUGGUGUAGGAGAGGAAAAGUGGACUCCUGUUUCCUCAGCUACAGCUGGGAAGAGGAAGACUGAGACAUCUGCCUGGGCCCAAGAUGCUGCAGAUGCCAAUGGGAAUGGGAAGGACUGGGGUGUAACCCUGGUAAGCAGGCCCUGGAAGGAGCGUUCUUUGUUCACUCCCAUUGAUGCUUGGAAGGUAGAUGCAAGGAUUAAUACCUCCGAACAGAAUUCUACUUCUUUCUCUUCUUUUGGAUUAACUCCUGGAGUUUCUGGAUCCAACAGUGAAUCAGUUUCUCAAGCUGGUACUUCUGAUUUUCCAUGGGAUUUAAGUCACGCUCAGCCCCCUGUUGAUGAUGAAUGGUCUGGGUUAAAUGGACUUUCUUCUGCUGAUCCUAGCUCUGAUUGGAACGCACCAGCGGAAGAGUGGGGAAACUGGGUAGAUGAAGAAAAAGUUGCUUCUGUUCCACAGCCUGAAGAGGCAUUAUCUGAUGUUCAGAAGGCUUUAGAUAACGAAAGAGAAAAAGCAGAGCCAGUUCUUCAAAGUUCUACAAGUGGGAAGUCCAAGAAAAAGAAGAAGAAAAAGAAGAAGCAAGGUGAAGAAGCUAACUCUCCUUCACAGGACACUGAGGAACUGGACAGAGAAGCUGGAGGGGAAUUUCAUGAGGAUACCUCAAAAGCUAAACCACAGCAGGAAAUAGCUUUUUCUCUGAAGACCAUAAGUACUAGUGAACCAGCUAAGCCUGAGGAGGCUCCUUCUCUUGCUGUUUCUACUGAGCCAUCUGUAAUUGUAUCAGAGAGUGAUUCUGUCAAGAUUGCUUCCCAAGUGCCACAGAUGCUGCAAGAGACAGAUGUUUCUAGUCCCAGUAUUAAGCAAAACAGUGUGCCUCCUCCCCAGACAAAGUCUGAAGAAAGCUGGGAAUCCCCCAAACAAGUUAAAAAGAAGAAAAAAGCAAGGAGGGAAACGUGAACUUGCGGAGAUGGACAUGCGUUGCUGAAUACUGUCAUGAAGAUUAUGCUGUUUAUGCAAUAAUUUGUGAACAUGUACAGAAUUUUAUAUAAGUUUCAAACAAUUUUUAAAAACAGAACUGCUGUGAACACACACAUCUUCAAAAAGGAAUCAAAGGAGAGUAACUUUAUAAUAUAGAAAACAGAACGUGCUACAAGACAUUCUGAAGAGUCCGUUUUUCCAACUUUUGGAGAGAGAUCUUAAAUAAGAACUGGUUUUAAAACACAGUGCCCUGUUUACAACAGAUUAUAUUCUCAUCUACUGCUGCGGAUAAAAAGUUAAUUUCAAGGAAGGAUUAUCUGUAAAAAAAAAAUAUUUGUCUGUACAAUAGUGGGUGUUUCUUGCCUCUCUUGUGGGUGAUGCAGUAGAAGCACAGAAUGUCAACCAUUUGAAUUUGUUUCAUGCCUAAAUCAAAGUGCUUUGACUUAACAUGUACUCUGCCAUAUCCUUACAGUAAGUCGGUUAGCGAGUCUGCUAGCUAUUGCAGGAGUCACAAGUGCAAAUCGUAAUUAUUUGUACAAGUCAGGCCUUCGUGGCUUGUAUACAAAGUUAACACAAUAAAACUACUUUGGGUUACAAGUUUGAGAAUGUGAUUUGAAACGUAAGUAUGGUCCAUGAAGUUAUUUUUGAUAAUGUCUCUUACCUUACUUGAAAUGUUGAAGAUAACAAUAUAUUGUUAAGAACGCAGUCACCUGCAUAAUAAUGGGUUUUUCUGCUUCGUUUGCUGUAGUUCUCGGUUGAUUCAAAUUCCCAUCCAAAACUGUAACACUUUGAACUCCUAAAAUCAUGCAAGGAAUUGAGAUCAGAUGUUCUCUUCCCUUGAAACUUACUCAUUUACCGCACCCAAUUCUCUUUUAUUCUCUACUGCUAAAGCUCAAAAUAAGGUGAACUUCUUUCACUCGACAAAUUAUGUGGGAUUUCGAUGACCUGUUGGAGAACUGCAGUGGCUUCAGACAGCUUUAAUUGACAUCAGCAAGACCAGUUAUCAGGAACACGUCCUUUUUUUUUUUUUUUACUGCCUUAACCUGUAGUGUGUAGAAUUGUCUGGACUUCUGAACAGGAGUUUGUGUUUUUAUAAAGAAAAGACAGACAUUAACUCAAGUAUAGCAGUUACGAAAAAUAAAGAACAUUUCCUGCUUGAAACUGUUAAUUAAAAUGGUGUUUAAGAUGUGUUGUCAUUUUCAGGCACUGUGUAACUACGUGGUAACGACCUGACAGCUGUGUUUGUGUCUGUAAGGUGCAUGCUCAGCCAUGGACACUGUAAAUAGCCUUUACAACAAACUGUUUGAUGCAGAGGGUGAUUAACAUCACCUGCUGGCAUUUGUAGAGAAACCGAGAUGUUUCUAGGUGAUUGACUUCUGGUUUUCUACCUUGAGCAGAAUUGUUAACUGCUACAGGACAUGAUUAGUUAAUGAAGCAAGCUGUUUUUACUUGUACCGAAAAUGCACCUUGCUGGUGGUCAACUUUGCCAAUAAAUGAAUACUAAUUUACACAGGUAUUGACGCCUGUGUGUCAGGAUCGGGUGACCUCUAAACCCACUUGUCAGAAUAAAUUCAGCAUAUUAACAGUACUCAUUAAUUUGCUGGGGGGAUAAUGCCUGAUGCUGAUGGCUGUCAGGCAGGAUUCUCAUAAGCUAAAUAGAGAGCUCUGAGGUACAGUUUUCAAGGAGUAUCCGAAGGCUGACACACAAAUGGGAUGUUACAAAAUCGUACAGAGUUGUAUGUGUGUAAAUAAUACUUUAGUUUUACAUUUUCUUGGCUAGAGAUCGCCCUUUGAAUUCAGGUUUGUAAUGUACUUUCAGAAAGGUCUCCUUUCAAUCUGUAUGUUGUGCGAUGGGCUGCUCUUGGAGGCGAUACAGAGGGAGGGACUGUCCCAGAGCAGAGUCACUGCGUACAGCUGGGUUUUGGUCUCUUCAUGGCGCAGUUGGUGGUGUUCUUGGGUUCACAUGCUCAUAGCUCUGUCUGGAAAAACAAAACUAUCAAACAAACAAGGUAGGAGCCCUGCUGGUAAAGUGCUGCUCCCAAACAGGAUGGUAUCAAUACGUAGCCUUCCUUUCCAAAUGUUGUUACCUAUUGAGCAGCGCCUCUUACUGUUUUCUUACCAUGCGGUUUCCAUGUCUUAGAAAGCAAACCUGGCUUUGUUUGACACUCAUUGAAGAGGUAGUAACAGUAUAGCGUAUUGUCUAUGAAUAGAGACUUGGUUAUCUGUGUAUUGUCGUGUUCCUAUGGCUCCAGCAACGGUUACUCUUAAUGAUACACUGACUCCAGACUUUGGAACCAACAUAGAAAAACACCAUUUAAAGAAACAACAGCCUACUUUAUUUUUUCUUUUCCUUUUUGUUAUUGAAUGCAUGGAAUGGCUUCAUCAAUCCAACAUGUUGGGGUUCGUUUUUUUUUUAAGUACUCUGGAAUUAUUUGUACGUGUAAUUUAAUCUUGUUGUGAUGCUGUGUAAUCGGGUACUCAUGGCAUAUUUUCCUUUUGUGGGGAUGGGGAGGUGUACAGAACUCAUAUGUGCUUGUUACGGAGGUAACCACAACCUGUGCAUUGAUUUGGAAGGCAAUGAAAACUGUAUUUCUGAUGCCCUUUUAGAAGUCUAAAGAAAACGUGCGAGAGAAAAAGCACUACUUUGAUAUUGACGAAGAAUGUACAUAUUAAAAACAUUUCAAACUUUAUAGAAA